GCGAGGCCUCAACGUGAUGGUGAUGGGUGCGGGGCCGGCCCACGCCUUGUAUUUUGCCUGCUACGAAAACAUGAAAAGGACUUUAAAUGCCGUUUUCCACCACCAAGGAAACAGCCACCUAGCCAACGGUAUUUUGAAAGCGUUUGUCUGGAAGUUAGAGAGCUCUCUCCUUCAACAGACCCUUCCCCAGGGCUCUCCUCCCUGUGACCCAGCAGCCUGACGCCUCAUCUCCGCCAUGCUUGCUUAUGAAUAAAGAACUCUAGAGUCGUGUGUGCGCACACACCCAGACACAUGCACACACACACACACACACACGCACACGCUUUUUCUGUUCCCCUCCUUCGCUUUCUAAAGCCUGGGGGCAGUCGGUGACAGAGGUGUUUCAGUUUUCAUUGUUGUGUGGGCUUUUCCAUUUUGUUUUGGUUUUUUUGUUUGUUUUUUUUUUGUUUUUUUUUUUAAACACGCAAAAGCACUUAAUGAUCAGAUCUAGGAAAAAAAAAAACCCUGACUAGAAACAAAACUUUUCAAUACUGGAUUCCAAAAAAAAAAAAAAAAAAAAAAAAAAGUUAUCUGGACAGCUUCUUUGAGACUAUUUAAAAAACUGGUUCAACAGGUCUCUACAACGUCAAGAUCUAACUAAGCUUUAAAAGGUCAAGAAGUUUUAUGGCUGACAAAGGAUUUGCGGCAGCACAGGCGACCUUUCCCACCUUAAGCUUCUGGGGGUUUGGGAAUUUCACCCCCAUUCUCUUCCGUUGGUCUCAGUGGCAUCUCUGUGGAGGAGGAGUUUUCUUUUGUUGUUUUGAGGGCAAGAGGCGGGCGGGGGCUCGAGUUGGCACGGGGCUCCUACACAGCCGUGUUUUCCCGGGCCCAGCUCAGCGGCUCUUUUCACCUCUCCUGUGGGUUUGGCUUUUGUCGGGUUUCGUUUGGGUGGGGAAGGGGACUGCGGAGAGCAGCCUAAGGUGUACUUUAACAAAAUUCGUGUUUCGACAGUGGACAGGUAGAGUGACCAGCGGCCAACCUUUCCCCUUCUCGUUUUGUUCUACUGAGAGUGCCCCAUCAGCAAACCCUGGUAAUAACAACCCCCCCCCCCCCCGGCUGGUUUGCAGACAUUCGUUUCGCUUUUUAAAAACGGGCCCCUGGUUGCAUUUAUUAAGACAGGCGCUGCGGGCCACACUCUGAUGCCGUCCCUGAGUCCGUGGCCUUGGGGUUCGACUAAUGCUGCAACUGCCUCGUGUAAUGUUUAGUCCCUUGGUCACUGAGCCCCGUGGCGGUGGUUUGAUGCAACACAGUUCUGCCCAGCGCUGUUACGGCUUCGCUGCGACGUAUGCCGUGGUUGCAUUUUGACCUUUCUGGUGGUGAUCCUGUGUACAUAAUACCAUUCCCUUUGAUUGCUCCGGCUCAAGGGCAGAGGGAGUUAGUCUGUAGACAAAGGUGAGGGACAGGGGAGCAUUAAAAGCUGGACGGUUUUCUGCUGGAGAAAGCCACGAAGUGUGGUUUCCGGGUACCAUCCAACAUCGGCGGGUCUAGCCUUUCUGAGCAUUGACUACAGAUCUGCAAGAUGAAAAUGUGGGUACCUGUGCCUGUGUUACCUUCUCCCCAUUUCCCCCAACAGUUCGAUCGUCACUUUAUGUCUUUAAGAGCCUGUGCUCACCUGGGUGGAGCUGGUUGUAGAUUUUGCUUCUUAGAAAGCGGUGCAGGGUUCCAUCUGAUUUUAGGUUCCAGGAACUUCCUCAGAACACCCGGUCCCUGAGGGUAAUUUUCUGGAGUUUGUUUUGCAGGGAUAGCUGGGAGUAUGGCCACCCUGCUCCACGAUGCGGUAAUGAAUCCAGCAGAAGUCGUGAAGCAGCGCAUGCAGAUGUACAACUCGCCACACCGGUCGGCCCUCAGCUGCGUCUGGACGGUGUGGAGGACCGAGGGCUUGGGGGCCUUCUACCGGAGCUACACCACUCAGCUGACCAUGAACAUUCCCUUCCAGUCCAUCCACUUCAUCACCUACGAGUUCCUGCAGGAGCAAGUCAACCCUCACCGGGGCUACAACCCGCAGUCCCACAUCAUCUCAGGCGGGCUGGCCGGGGCCCUCGCCGCAGCCGCCACCACCCCCCUGGACGUCUGCAAGACCCUCCUCAACACGCAGGAGAACAUGGCCCUCAACCUGGCCAACAUCAGCGGCCGGCUGUCGGGCAUGGCCAACGCCUUCCGGAUGGUGUACCAGCUCAAUGGCCUGCCCGGCUACUUCAAGGGCAUGCAGGCCCGAGUCAUCUACCAGAUGCCCUCCACUGCCAUUUCCUGGUCCGUCUAUGAGUUCUUCAAGUACUUCCUCACCAAGCACAAGCUGGAGAAUCGAACUCCAUACUAAAGGAAUGGGCUGUGGGCAGUGGUUCCAGAAUCUUUUAUUUUUAAAAGGCUUUCCCUGCCUGCCUCCGUUCCCUUGUCCUCGCACCGAGGUGAUUUUGGCGGGGUGUUUGCAGGAUGGGCCCUCCGCUCCCCUGAUGCCUUAGAGGGAGGGGACAGCCGCUUACCGGAAGGCCGUCCGCAGGGACAUCCGAGGUGGUAGGUGGGGAAAGACUGGAAGGGAAGCGAGAAAUGGCUUUUUGUCUCCCUUCCUCUGGCAAGAAUGUAGCUUUUCUGCCUCACUGUAGCAGUCUCCUGCCCUAGGCUCGCAGUUCGCUCGAGAGGGGAGAAAAUGUGCAGUGACUGAAAACAUUAAAGAAAAAAAAGAGAGAGAGAGUUCUGUAUAUAAAAGUUCCAGCACACAGUAUAAAAUAGAUGGAUAAUGUUUAUCCUUUAUUUUUCUACGUAGACGUUUUUGGAUUUGUGUGUGUGCCUGUGUGUGUGUACAGAUAGGUGUUACAGCUGGGACUAUGAAGCUGUUUUUAAAAAAAAUAGAGGGCUGAAGGCUUCCAUCGGGUUAAGUUAAAAAGGCACCGAAGUGGUAAAUUGCUGAAUGCGGCCUAAAAUUGUGCGGAGCCCCCCAGAUGGAAGUUUCACUUGAAUGUAAAAUAAUAAAGUUUAUAUUUUGAA